UCCAGGAGGCACAUGGAGGCAGGCUACUGUCUUCAUCCACGCAACUCUGAUAACUGUCUCUUUUUUUUCAAAUCUGCUGCACCUUCCUUUUUGGGAUCCUACUUUGUGUUGCUGAUCUGUUAUCGGUGACGCGCUCAGGGGACGUGAGGGACAUGGAGACGCCGCCGCCGCCGGGCAGCCACUGCCGUGGCGAUCGAACCUCGGCCACACGGCAGUGAGGCAGUGGCAGGGACGGGAUGGCAGCGUCCAGUAACUCCAGCCUCUCUGGGUCGUCAUCCGCGUCAUCUGACCCCGAAGAUUACCAACCGCCCAUAUGGAAGUCCUACUUAUACCAACUGCAGCAGGAAGCCCCGAGACCGAGAAGGAUUGUAUGUCCUCAAGAGAUGGAGACCAGGCCCAAAUACUAUGGCAGAGAAUUUCAUGGCGUGAUCUCUCGAGAAUAUGCAGAUGAGCUUCUGAGGUCAGCUGAGGGUUCUUACCUGAUCAGGGAGAGCCAAAGGCAGCCUGGGACGCAUACAUUGGCCUUAAGGUUUGGGCCUCAGAUGCUCAACUAUAGGUUGUUCUACGAUGGCAAGCAUUUUGUCGCUGAGAAGAGGUUCGAGUCGGUGCAUGAUCUUGUCACAGACGCCCUUAUCACUCUCUACAUCGAGACCAAGGCGGCAGAGUACAUCACCAGAAUGACUGCCAACCCCAUCUACGAGCACCUGGGAUACACCUCGCUGCUGAAGGACAAGACCGUGCACAGGCUGAGCCGCGGGCGCACCGAACCUCGCAGGGUCACCUUUGUGAGGGAUGGACAGAUCUCCUCAUCUCUGGUGAGGCAGAGCACCUUGAAAGACACACCAGAGAAGCAGUGCUCCUAUGAGAAGAUCCACAACUUUAAGGUACACACCUUUCGAGGGCCACACUGGUGUGAGUACUGCGCCAACUUCAUGUGGGGCCUAAUUGCCCAAGGUGUCCGCUGCUCAGAUUGCGGGCUGAGUGUACACAAGCAGUGCUCGAAGCUGGUGCCCAGCGACUGCCAGCCGGACCUGCGCAGGAUAAAGAAAGUGUUCAGCUGUGACCUCACCACACUCGUCAAGGCUCACAACACCACCAGGCCCAUGGUGGUGGAUCUCUGCAUUCGGGAGAUAGAGCUCCGAGGUAUGAAAUCUGAAGGUCUGUACAGAGUGUCUGGUUUCUCCGAGCACAUCGAGGACGUGAGACUGGCCUUUGACAGAGACGGUGACAAGGCGAACAUCAGUGCCAGUGUCUAUGCAGACAUCAACAUCAUUGCUGGCGCUCUGAAGCUCUACUUGAGAGACCUUCCUAUCCCUAUCAUCACCUUUGACCUGUACUCCAAAUUCAUCCAGGCAGCAAAGAUCCCUAAUGCUGAAUCCAGGCUGGAGGCCGUGCAUGAGGCUUUGCUACAGCUUCCUCCAGCUCACUACGAGACUCUUCGCUACCUGAUGGCUCACCUCAAGAGGGUAACUUUGUUUGAAAAGGACAACUUGAUGACUUCAGAGAACUUGGGCAUCGUGUUCGGUCCAACGCUGAUGCAGCCGCCGGAGCAGAACGCCUUGACCACGCUGAACGACAUGAGGCAGCAGAAGCUGGUGGUGCAGCUCAUGAUCGAGCAUGAAGACGUCUUAUUCUAGAAUCCAGAUCCCGUCAACGUACGGUGCAAUCACGGACACUUUUGUCAGAGAGAAACUCAAAUUGCUCUGGGGAAGCUUCUUUUGAAUGCAUGACCGCUUGGUUUGGUGUUGUCUAGUCCGUGUGCGACUUCCAUGCGUCACCAAGACUGUCGUUUGCGAUUUAGCACAGGUAUGUUUACAAGCCGCGGUGCCGUUUUCUUUGAAGCCGUGUGUGCAGUCUGCCUCUGCACGACAUCUGUGAACCUUCUUACUUGUUGUGUGUGUGUGUGUGUGUGUGUGUGUGCAUCUCCUGCUUGAUUUGUGCGUGUGUCGAUUAACUUUUACAGAUCCUGUCAUGGCAGCAGGGAUCAAUAUUUUGUUGUGUAAAAACCAUGACAAAAAAAAUUGUCAAUUCAUGAAGCACUUUUUUGAAACGUGUACAGAUUUGUUUUGUAAAGAUGUUUAUUUUUGUCUUCUUACUCUGCAUCAUGUUGUUUGGUCACAAUAAUAUAUAUAUAUAAUUAUACAGUAUGUACUGUUGGGAAUGAUGCGUGUUAAGUUGCUGUCUGGAUACAAAAUUGUUAGAAGAAUAAAAGUUGUAUACAAAUCCA